AUGACGUCCAUGAAAUCCAACUCCAAAGGUGUCGCAGUCGUCACUGGAUCCGCGCAAGGAAUUGGACGCGGCAUCGCAAUACGCCUUGCAGGAGACGGCUAUGACAUCGUGAUCAAUGACCUGGAAAGCAAUAAAGACAACUUGGAGGAAGUCAAGAAGGAAAUCAUUGCCAAUUUCCCGGAGCAGAGAGUGCUAACUGUACUUGGGGAUGUCACCAUCGAGGAGGAUGUCAAAGGCCUGAUUGAAAGUGCGGUUAAAGAGUUUGGCAGUCUGAAUGUUUUUGUUGCAAACGCAGGCAUUUGCAAACCAAAAUUGCUCAUAGAAACGACAUCCGAUGAUUUUGAGUCUGUGCUUGCUGUCAACGUCAAAGGCACCUUCUACAGUUAUAAAUAUGCAGCGCAGCAGAUGAUAGCUCAAGGUGAGGGUGGGCGAAUUGUCGGUGCAAGCUCCCUUGCGGGAAAGAAAGGCAGGUCUACAUAUGCGGUUAUUCCUUCGUGUAUGUUUGCUGUCCGAGGGUUGACACAAUGCGCAGCUAUCGAACUUGGUCGCAACGGAAUCACAGUGAACGCAUAUGCUCCAGGAGCAAUUCAAACACCGAUGCUUACUGGGUUGGUUGAAUCAGCUGAUUACGAUGAGUUCAAACGGUUGUCAUCGGUAGGCGACAUAGGAACUACCCAGGAUGUUUCGAGCCUGGUUUCAUUUCUGGUGACCCCGGAAGCACGUUUCAUCACAGGUCAAACAAUAUCGAUUGACGGCGGUAUCUUCUUUGAUUGA